GCAGCUUAUUCGCGGUUUUCGGUGGAAUUGUUUGGAUCCAUCAGACUGCUCCUGAAACUAAUGUUUGGAGGAACAAAUUAAAUCUCACAUAGUCUAAGUAUUGGUUUUUUUUGUGUGCAUAUAUUUAUCUAAUCAUUAUAGCUUAAUCUUCAAUAGAUCCAUUGAAUUCCUCUCCUAUAUUGCUAAUUGAAGGAUCUAAAUCCUGACAUGUUGAAAUCUCAGUGAGCAUGGACCAGCAGCAAGUCCUGUUACUUUGUGUGGCUUUGUCAUGGAGGAUACACACUGGGUCCACUCAAUCACAUGAAGAGGUGUGUCCGGGUACCCAGAACGGUCUGAGCUCCACCGGUUCUCAGGAGACUCAGUACAACCUGAUCAAGGACCGCUACAGCGGCUGUGAGAUCAUCAUGGGGAACCUAGAGAUCACUCAGAUUGAGAGUAACUGGGACUUCUCCUUCCUCAAGACAAUCCGUGAGGUGACCGGUUACGUCCUCAUUGCUAUGAACCACGUUCAGGAGAUUCCCUUAGGACAGUUGCGGGUGAUCAGAGGGAACAGUCUGUAUGAGAGACGCUUCGCUCUGUCGGUUUUUUUCAACUACCCCAAAGAAGGCUCCAACGGUCUGCGACAGCUUGGACUCCUAAACCUGACAGAGAUUCUGGAGGGUGGAGUGCAGAUUAUUAACAACAAAUUCCUGAGUUAUGGCCCCUUCAUCUUCUGGCAAGAUAUUGUUCGAGACAACAGCGCUCCGAUUGACAUCCAAAAUAAUGGGGAGAGAGGCCCGUGUCACAAAUCUUGCGGCGCUUACUGCUGGGGACCAAAUAAGGACCAGUGUCAGAUCUUGACUAAGAUGGUGUGUGCUCCCCAGUGCAACGGACGCUGCUUUGGGAGAAGCCCCAGGGACUGCUGCCACAUCGAGUGUGCAGCAGGGUGCAAAGGCCCUCUGGAUGAGGAUUGUUUUGCAUGCCGUCAUUUCAAUGAUUCAGGAGCCUGCGUGCCUCAGUGCCCCCAGACCCUCAUUUACAACAAACAGACAUUUCAAAUGGAGACCAAUCCCAAUGCAAAGUACCAAUAUGGAUCAAUCUGUGUGUCUCAGUGUCCUACUCAUUUUGUGGUGGACGGGAGCUCCUGCGUGAGCGUCUGUCCUCCAGAUAAGACAGAAAUGGAGAGAGACGGCCAGAGGCAGUGUGAGCUCUGCAGUGGAUUCUGCCCGAAAGUGUGUAACGGCACCGGCGCAGAGCACAGGCAGACGGUGGAUUCUAGCAACAUUGACAGCUUCGUUAAUUGCACCAAGAUCCAGGGCAGCCUUCACUUCCUGGUCACAGGGAUUCUUGGAGAUGAUUUUAAAAACAUUCCACCACUCGAUGCCAAAAAGUUGGAGGUGUUCCGCACCGUGAGGGAAAUAACAGAUAUUCUUAACAUCCAGUCGUGGCCUAAAGAGCUAAACAGCCUCUCGGUUUUUUCAAGCCUCACGACAAUUCAGGGGAGGUCGCUCUACAAGCGAUUCUCUCUGAUGGUGAUGCGUAUCCCCACUCUUACCUCCCUCGGGCUGCGCUCUCUGCGGUACAUCAACGACGGCAGCGUGUACAUCAGUCAGAAUACCAACCUUUGUUACCACCACACUGUGAACUGGACGCAGCUGUUCAGGGGCCGCAGAGUUCGAGUCAACAACCUCAACAAUAACAAGCCGUUUGCGGAUUGCGUUGCAGAAGGACAUGUGUGCGAUCCUCUGUGUUCGGACUCGGGCUGCUGGGGCCCCGGCCCUGACCAGUGUCUUACCUGUAGGAACUACAGCCGCCACGGCACAUGUGUGGGAAGCUGCAACUUUUUGUCUGGAGAAAAGAGGGAAUUUGCAACAUCUGACAAAGAAUGUGUCGCUUGUCAUCCGGAGUGCAAGCCUCAGAGGGGAAAAGUCAGCUGCACAGGAACGGAGCCAGAUGAGUGCGUGGCUUGCUCCAACCUUCGAGAUGGUCCAUACUGCAUGUCCUCUUGUCCCUCUGGAGUAUUUGAUGAACACAGAGGACUAAUUUUCAAAUACCCCAACAAAGAGGGCCACUGUGAACCAUGCCAUCCCAACUGCACACAGGGGUGCGUCGGCCCAGGUUUAAACGAUUGUAAGGCAUCAGGCGGCAGCGGACAGAUCACAGGCAUAGCAUUGGCAGUCCCAGCUUGUUUGAUUUUCUGCCUCGGGUUGUUCUUCCUGGGGGUGUUGUACCACCGAGGCCUUGCCAUCCGUCGCAAGAGAGCCAUGAGAAGAUACCUGGAGAGUGGAGAGAGCUUUGAGCCCCUGGGUCCGGGAGAGAAAGGCACAAAGGUUUAUGCUCGGAUCUUGAGGCCGUCAGAGCUGAAAAAAAUCAAACUCCUUGACUAUGGUGUUUUUGGAACGGUACACAAGGGCUUUUGGACCCCAGAGGGAGAGACGGUCAAGAUCCCUGUGGCAAUAAAGACGAUCCAGGACAGCUCAGGUCGACAAACCUUCACUGAGAUCACUGAUCACUUGUUGUCCAUGGGCAGCCUGGACUACCCUUACAUUGUUAGGCUGCUGGGAAUUUGUCCUGGUCCCAGUCUCCAGCUGGUGACCCAGCUCAGUCCCCGUGGCUCCUUACUGGAGCACAUCAGACAGCAUAAGAACAGCCUGGACCCCCAGCGCCUGCUCAACUGGUGUGUGCAGAUUGCUAAGGGUAUGUUCUACCUGGAGGAACACCACAUGGUCCACAGAAAUCUGGCUGCCCGCAACAUCCUGCUGAAGAACGACUACCAGGUCCAGAUCUCGGACUAUGGUGUGGCAGACCUCCUCUAUCCGGAUGACAAGAAAUACGUCUAUACAGAUACAAAGACACCUAUAAAGUGGAUGGCACUUGAGAGCAUCUUGUUUCGAAGAUACACUCAUCAAAGCGAUGUUUGGAGUUACGGAGUGACAGUGUGGGAGAUGAUGUCCUUUGGGGCGGAGCCGUACGUGUCAGUGCAGCCUCAGGAAGUGCCGAGCCUUUUGGAGAAAGGCGAGCGUCUGUCACAGCCCCACAUCUGCACCAUCGAUGUCUACAUGGUCAUGGUUAAAUGCUGGAUGAUUGACGAGAACGUGAGGCCAACCUUCAAAGAGCUAGCAAGUGAUUUUACACGAAUGGCAAGAGAUCCACAUAGAUACCUUGUCAUCAAGGAAGGGGAAGACGCCCCCCCUGGAGAAAUCCAACGAAGAGAGUCAGAGCGAGGACUUCUGGAUGCAGAUUUGGAAGACGCAGACGAGGAGGGGCUGGACGAUGGCUUGGCUACGCCUCCUCUCCAGCACUCACCGUCAUGGAGUCUUUCUCGUUCAAGGAUAAAUUCCUGCAGGAGUGGUGUAUCUCAGUCUGGCCUGACCGGAUACCUACCAAUGACCCCAAGUCCAGCAGACAACAUCCGUCAGCUGUGGUUUCACCGGUCUCGCCUGAGCUCUGUGCGGACGCUGCCUGAAAGGUCAGAGGUCAGAGGAAAUGGCAGGGAGGCAGAGGGGUUACGGGCUGGAAGCCUUCGCCGAACAAGGCUGGGCUCAGAGAGGAGCAGCCCUCGUGUAGCUUUAAGUCGUCACAGGAAGCUUUCCACGGCCUCCAGUCCGUCCUCCUACAAGGUGUGGACGGCACAGGAGGAUGAGGAGGAGUUGGACCACUAUGGCUACGUUCUGCCUGGGUCACCUGAAACCCCAGAAAGAAGUACAAAAUGUAAUCAGCUGCCUGAGGGUUGCAAAGGAGCGGCAGCAAAGCAAAGAGACGGAAUGGAGAAAGAUCAUCUCCACCGCAGGAGAGAGAUCAAAUCUGUGGAUCAUAAAACAGAGGUGGGCCGAGGGAUUUGUAGGUAUGAAUACAUGGAUAUCAGGCACUCAGACUCUUCAGAAGGAGGUGAGUCAGAAUUGGAGAGAUGUGGGAGUCAAACAUCCUCAACGACUGGAGCGGAGACGGACCAAACACCAGGGGGCUUGGUCAAAGAGAGAAAGGGGGAAGAAGAAACUCAAAUUUGCCACACGAAUAAACAAGCCGCAGUAACAGAGGAUCCUAGUGGUGGUGUUGUGCCUGGGGCAGAUGUUUUGGCAGCUGGAGCCGGUACGGUGGAGGAGUACGAGGAGAUGAGCAGAUUUGAAAAGGUGCCUGGUGAGCGGCGGCACGCGGAAUAUGAGAACCUCCCAGCGAAGGCGAGGGCUGUUCCCGAGGAGACGGACGGUGACAGGUGUGCAGGGAUCGGGGAAUACAUAAAGGUGUGUGCUGGCAUCAGGGAACCUGGCAACAACACGUCGUUUGACAACCCAGACUACUGGCACAGCAGGCUGUUCCUCAAACCAGAUGCUGUACGCACAUAAUCAGUCGUACUGGGACAGCAAAAGGGGAACGGUUGCAUAUUUACUAGUUUUCUGUGCUCCCCCCCAGCUUAUUUUGGUUUUAUUUGAAAACAAAAUAAAAAAUGAUGGGUUUUUUUUUUACUUCCCUGGUGUAUACUGUAAGUGAUAAUUUAUGUAACCAAAUAUGAGUCAAGUACAGAGCCAUAAAUUACAAGUGUUUACAAGCUUAUCAUCUUCAGAUAGGAUGUUUUUUUACUUCACUUUUUUCUAUUGGCUAAUUAUUAUUAUAUCAUAUAAUUAAUUGUUAAACCUCCUUUGUACUUUAUAUUUACAUAUAAGUGAAUGUUCUUUUAUGAAUGUGGUUUCAUGGUUUUGCAAAUAUUUAAUCAUUGUAUCACUGAUGUGUGUGCUGUAAAUGUUUUCACUAUCACCACAGUAGUUGAAUAAAUAAAUAAAAGUAUUCAUUUUGUA